CUCAAUGAUAUUAACUUUUUGUACAAAGUAAUUAAUCAACUUCGAUGAUGAAUAAGUUGGCCAUGCAUUUUGUCAACUGUCAUAUAACAAACUCCCAAAAAACAAAAUGAAACAAACCAUGUAAUUUUUAUAUUUUCUAUAAUUUUAUAAAUUUCUAGUAUUUUUUCUUAUCAAAUUACACUAAAUACGGUAAAUAAAAAUUUGGCGAAAUGUCUGAGAACAAAGAGGUCGUAGAUGAGCGCAUUAGCGGGGCGGGGGAUGAGGCGAAGGCAACCCCCGAAGAGGCCAAGCCCGAGGUCCCUGAUGUGGAGCUGGUGGUCGACGGGUUCGGGUUCAUGCCCAAGUCGUCGGGGGCCACCCGCACCAAAGGGGACACGGCAGACGAUGAUGACCACUUGCGGAGCGCCUGCGGCUCCAGCUCUAACAUUGACGUCGUACGGAGGUACACUUGGAAGACGAAAAAUAAAAUGAUGGUUCAGGUAAUUACUUAUGGCGCCGCAAUAACUGUUAUAAAAGUUCCGGACAAAAGAGGAAAUCCUGAUGAUGUUAUCGCAGGGUUUGACACUUUAGAAGAAUACUUCCAAGAGCGGAAUCCAUAUUUCGGAGCGACAAUAGGACGCUACGCGAACUACAUUCGCGAGGCGACCUGCGUGGUGCGGCCUUCGGGCAGGAUGUACAUGCUAUCCAUGAAUAGGGGCCACAAUCAUUACAAUGGCGGCUAUAUCGGAUUCGAUAAGGUCAAUUGGAGAUCUUACGUGGUAGGCAACAAAGUGAUCAUGAGCCACGUAUCAGAGCGUUUCAGCGAGGGCUACCCUGGCACCGUGAUGACUCAAAUCACGUACGAGGUUACCUGCGACAACUCUAUCAAGAUAGAAAUGAAAUGUACAACCAACGAGCCGACAAUCAUCAAUCUCAGCCAUUCGCCUUAUUUUAAUUUAGCCGGACAUCAUGCCGGCUGUGAGACUAUGUACGAUCAUAUAUUCACCAUCAACGCCGAUAAGUACACUGCUGCGGACGAGGAUGGCCUAGUCACCGGAGAGAAAAAAGUGGUCGGCGGGACGGCCUUUGACUUCAGAGUGCCGCGUGUCCUGCGAGUGCUGCUGCCCAAAAUACCUAGCGGUGGCUACGAUAUGAACUUCUGUAUAACACAAGGCACGGAGCAAGACCUGACGUUCCAUGCUAGAGCUCUCCAUCCACUGACCGGCAGAGUGCUAGAGGUGUACAGUAACAAGCCCGGCUUGCAGUUCUACACCGGAAACUUGCUUCCCGAUCCAGACAAAAUUGUAGAGCCACUGCCGGGCGGAGAGGAAGAGAGCGAGGGAGAGGGCGAGCAUGGUGAAGAAAGCGAGUCUGAGGAAGAAAGUACAGACGAUUCCGUAGAAAACAAAAAGGGUAAGGUGGGCUACGGCUACGUCCCCCUGGUGGGCAAACAGGGCACCAUGUACAAGAAGCAUGGCUUGUUUUGCCUCAUGCCACAGAACUUGCCCGACGCACCUAACCACUCACACUUCCCCAGUCCUGUUCUGAAUCCAGGUGAAGUGUAUGUACAUCGAAUACAAUAUAAAUUCGGUCUAUUACUGGGUAAAUAUGUGUAGUAAAAGUGAAGUCUUAAUAAUUUAAAUAAACAGUGUAAAGUUGAUGUGAUAA